ACAUAAUAUAUGAAAAAUUCCAAUGAAUCAAAUUAGAUAUUUCAUAUCUAUCUAUCUAUCUACCUAGAGGGCCCUUUAAAAACAUGGAUUACAUCAUUUCCCACCAAAUAUACUCAUCACCCAAACUUCUAUUAUUAAGCGCUACCAUUUUUUUUUCUUCCUCCUCCUUCUCUAAUCACCAGCCAAUGCAUUAACCCAUAUUUCAAUGGCAGGUUCUGAAUUUCCUCACGCAUAUCCACAAACGCCAAGUAUCGAUACUUCCGAAACGCUAUUUCAACGACGUAGCCGUUGUUUCUGCUUCCCAUCUUUCCGUUCUCCGAAUCAAUUAACAAAAUACGUUAAGUUUGACUGGUGGCAUAGGUUACGUAGCGGUGCGGUUAAGGAGGGAUCUGUAUGGGCUAAAGGAAUCAACGCUUUGAAGAAGCUUCGUGAAUGGUCGGAGAUCGUCGCCGGACCUAGAUGGAAGACUUUCAUCCGUCGGUUCCAUCGGAACAAAAGCGGUAAUAGGAAUGCGAAAUUCCAAUACGAUCCUUUGAGUUACUCACUGAACUUCGAUGAAGGACGAGGGAAUAACGGAGAAGAGGAGGAGGAAUUGGUACUUCGGAAUUUCUCGACGAGAUACGCAUCGAUUCCGGCGUCUAGUAACUUGGGCAAAGAUGGGCCCAGUUUCGUUUGAGUUGCAAACGCAAGUACUAUACUAUUUGACAGUGAUUGGACUGGACCGAUCGAUAAAUUUAUAUUAUCGUCAAUCAUAAAUUAGUCUCAGCGUAUAAUUUCGAGACAAUUCAAUCCCCCUUACAGUUCAGUAGUGGGGCAAAGAAAACAACAGCUCAUCAUAAAAGAUAAGUUUUCUACCAACAAAAAAAAUAUUAUUGUGGUUGGUCUUAUUUGUCUAAUGUCUUUUUCGUUGUUUAAUUUAAUUUACUUCUCUUGUCUCUACUUGUUUUUGUCUUUAUGCACUGUAAAUACAAUAUCCAUUUUUUUUGUGUGAUAAUUGCUGAGUUCAUACUUGGUAUUA